UUUUAACAAUAAAUUCUUUUUAUUUUAUUCUUGUCACAUCGAGUGAAGACAAACUGGUCCACCACUGCUGAGGUCAGGGGAUGUAUGGCCACACGGAUCAAUAGCAGGAUAUCACAUUAAAGCUGUCUGGCCAGCACACCAUUAUGUCCUUGCAUCUCUCCUGGGGUCGUCCACCUAAAUCCCCUCUUGUUCAUUUUUUCAUUCCAUCUGUCCUUUCCCACGUGUAUCAACCUCAGAGCAUCUUAUCCACCUCCCUCCCCUCCCGCUCCCUUUAUCUUCCUCUCUUUUAAUCACGCUGAGUUUACAGUAUCGCUUUGUCAGCUGUGUUUUAUCAUCUUCUGUCCCUACUGUUACAUCAUAUUUAUCUUUUACUUUCUGUUAAAACCUGGCAGCUCAUCACCUCUUUUAAACCACCCCGAAACAUCUGUGCUGCCCUCACGGCUCCAUCUGUAACAGUAGUUGAACCCUCUGUCCUUCUUUGUCCUAUCCCCACGUGCAGCACCUGCCCCCUCUUUGCCUGGCUUUCUCCCCUCUUUCUCUCUCUCUCCGGCCUCCCCCCCCGCCUCCCUCUUCACCUGUGUGGCCAUGCUGGAGCGUUUGUCCCGUCGCUCUCGCUCCCUGCUCUCCCUGACCUUGACCACUCUGGCUCUGGCCCUCUCCAUCCUGGCUCUCUGCACCUCUUACUGGUGUGAGGGCACCCACAAGGUGGUCAAGCCCCUCUGCCUGUCGCCCGUCAAAAUGAAGAACUGUGGUCAGAACAACAGCGAGCCUUACACCACAGAGAGUCCCACUCAGAACCCCUUCAACCGCACACUGUCUCCAGCCAGGAGGGACGAGCUGGCCCGGAUCAGACAGAGACAGCUGGCCAAUGCAGUUCAAUACAUCUGGGAGACGGGAGAAGACAAGUUUGCUUUUAGAUACUUCCACACUGGUUUCUGGGAAAGCUGCGAGAAACACAACGAUGGGGAGAAAUGUCGGAGCUUUAUAGACUUAACACCUGGAGAAACACAAGGUGUGCUCUGGCUGUCAGUUAUUUCAGAGUUUACGUACAUCGGCCUGCUGGGGAUGGGCUUCUUACUGAUGUGGCUGGAAGUCUUGUGUUCCCAUAAAGAGAUGCACUCGCUAAAAAUCAAUGCGUACGCAGCGAUUUGUACCGUGUUAUCAGGUCUUCUUGGGAUGGUGGCCCAUAUGAUGUACACCACAGUAUUUCAGAUGACAGUCAUUGUGGGCCCCAAAGACUGGAGGCCUCAGUCCUGGGACUACGGCUGGUCAUUUGCUCUUGCCUGGGUGUCCUUCAGUUGCUGUAUGGGGGCUGCUGUGGUCACACUCAACUCCUACACAAAGACCAUCAUUGAGCUCCGUCGCAGACAGAGGCUCCGUUUGGAGGAAGCAAGAGCCGCCACUCACGCUCCCGCCUAUGAUGAAGUUGUUCCAGGGGGCGGGCUCUACUCCGUCAGCGGCCUGUUGCAGUGUCCAGACGGUAUGAUUGACGUAGCGUGGGCCCCGAACGGGAGUGUGGUUGGAGUGAGCAAUGGGGACGUACCAACGCUGGUAUUAGUAGGAGGCUGCGGGCCAGAGGGGUGUGAAGACUGUGAGAGAGAGAUGGAUGAGAUGGAUGAGGCCAUGGACCGAGUCGAUUCACCUUGUUAGAGGAUCAUUUAUAUCCAUCAACUUUUAAGGGCUGAAAAACGUAAAGACACUAUCAUCGUGCUGGAGGAGGAUCGAUGUGAGCAAACAGAUCCAGUUUUUCUUUUCUUCCACUUUGACUUUCAGUGAAGUUGGGACGUACUAAAGACGCUUUAAGGCAAAUGAAACUGAUCAAACUGUUAAAGACUACAGUGUAUAGAUAUCACACUGACAUGCGGGACUGCAUGUUUUCUGGGUAUUUCUCAGUGCCUCAUGGUAGCAAAGUAAAUGUUUCUCCAUAUGUUAACACAUGUUUAUAUUAUUUUAUUGUUCAUAUUUUAAAGGUUCUGUAUGUAACCUUCAGAGAAUCCUUUUGUGACACCUCAGUUAAGUGAACAGCAGUCAGCAUCCUGUCCUAAAUUUGAGUUGCUACAGGUCCUUAAGUGAAGAUCUGUCUUCUGUCGGGCCACUGCUGCAAACUGUGUAGAGGCCUAACGGAAGCAGGAAACGUGGACUCUGCUCCACACUGUAGUGGAGCUUGAGAGAGGCAAGGAACUCAGCAACGCACAUUACGUCACAUCCAUUGAACUGUUUGAUAAGAAUUUGGACCGAGUCCUCUACAUAGAAGUUGAUCCACAGCCUGCUAAAGGCAACUGAGAAAGUCGAGGAAACUCUCACUUUUUAAGUUACAUUACAACCUGUUCACCACUGUCAAUAAAAACCAAUUAAUACUGGUACAAAGUUACAUACAGAACCUUUAACAUGCAAUGUAUCAGGACAGAUUAUUGCAAUGAUCAUUUCACUGCAUAGACAGGUCGGAUGUUUCUUCUCCUGUUGAUACCUAAACGGAUCAGCCUGUCCUUUAGAGUAAAUACUGAAAUAUCUUCUCAUUUA